UAGAAACGUCCCAAAACCUUUUAACGGGCAGUCGAAAUAGCCAUUUAGCAAUAAUAUUGUACAGUUACCAGAAGUACAGACGUAGUGUUGCACAUUACAGCGGAAGUAAAAUUAAAUGGAUACUGAUACUGUUUCGAGAUCCACCUCCUGAGCUAAAAUGCUUUGGUCUGUUCAGAAGCUGGGCGAAAUUGUUUAUAUUCGAUGGCAUUCAUAAAGACAGAAUCAUGUUUUAUUCUGCGGGCCCCAUAUGGAUUACUGUCUGUGGUUUUGCUUCUGUCUGGUUCUCUGAUCGCACUGCUGCUACCAGGAGUAGUUCUAGAACAAUGUUGGACAGUGUUGAAAGGGUUUUCCCUUCUAAGUUGCCAUUAUGGGUUCAGAAAUGGAGGGCUUGCCAAGAACAAUGGCCUUCCUACAGGGCUCGCUGUGGCAUCCACAGGAAUUGAACUGUUUGCAUUUAAACCCAAACCAGCCCCAGAGGUCCAGCUAGAAGCAAAAGCAGCUUUGUAUCAAGCACUUGAAAUGAAACGUCAAGGGAAGAGAGAAAAGGCUCAUAAGCUUUUUCUGCAUGCUCUGAGCAUGGACCCACAAUAUGUGGAUGCAUUAACUGAGUUGGGUAUACUUUUAGAGGAAGAGAAGGACAUUGUACAAGCUGAUCAUCUUUAUUCCAAGGCCCUGACCCUGUCUCCAUCUAACCAAAAGGCAAUGAUCAGACGUGACAGAACAUUACCACUUGUAGAGGAAAUUGAUCAAAGGUACUUCAGCCUUAUUGACAGAAAAGUUAAGAAGGUGAUGUCCAUUCCAAAGGGAAAUUCAGCACUGCGCCGUGUAAUGGAAGAAUCCUACUACCACCAUAUUUAUCACACUGUUGCAAUAGAAGGGAAUACUUUAAGCCUUUCUGAAAUAAGGCAUAUUAUUGAAACCAGGUAUGCAGUCCCAGGGAAGAGUCUCUUUGAACAGAAUGAAGUAAUUGGUGUAGAUGCUGCCAUGAAGUACCUUAACACAACUCUAGUAUCACGAAUUGGCACAGUAACAAUUAGUGACAUUUUGGAGAUUCAUAGGAGAGUUUUGGGAUAUGUGGAUCCAAUAUCAGCUGGAAGGUACAGGACAACCCAGGUGUUUGUGGGGCACCAUAUUCCACCACAUCCUCUAGAUUUAGAAAAGCAUAUGCAAGAGUUUGUACAGUGGAUAAACUCAGAGGAGGCAUUAAGUUUACAUCCUGUGGAACUUGCAGCCUUGGCUCAUUAUAAGCUUGUUUACAUACACCCAUUUAUAGAUGGAAAUGGCAGAACUUCACGUUUGUUGAUGAAUCUUGUAUUAAUGCAAGCUGGUUAUCCCCCUAUCACUAUACGUAAAGAACAGAGAUCUGAGUAUUAUGAUGUCUUGGAACUAGCCAAUGAGGGAGAUGUGAGGCCAUUCAUACGCUUCAUUGCAAAGUGUACUGAAACAACGCUAGAUAUGUUGCUCAUAGCAACUACUGAACAUUCAGUGGGCCUCCCUGAAGCUAAGGCCAAUCUACCUGGCUGUAAGCAGACCAUUCCAGUGAAAAACUAAGCCCACACUUGCAUUUUUUUUUUUGGGGGGGGGGGCAGGGUAUAGAAGCUAACAAGUACUAAGUUAACUAAGGGGGUCAUGGCAACUGAGUGGUAAGAUUGAUCUUUACUCUGUGGUCACUCUUGGGAGUUUGCUUGUUACCCCAGUGUAUGCUUCAUAUUUCUGUGGGUAAUCUGGGUUUUCUUCUAAAACAUGCUGUUUGAUUACACUAAUCUUUCUGCAUGUAUUUAUACAACACAUUUUUCUUUUACUGGCCCUUGUUACCCAGGUGCUGGCUGAAACAGAUAUCUUGACCAGCCAUUUAACAGAGAGUAGAAAAGACUAAUUUCUAUGGUCUCUGUAGAUGGCAUUUCACAAGAUUCAUGCUCUGUAGUAACAUCUCUGUUAAACAGAUAUCAUUAAGAUAAAGGUGUGUAUAUAGCACUUUUUCAUGUGCCUGAAUUUUUGUGUUUGCAGCUUUUACUAAUUUUACCAAGUAGGUGCUGUAGUGAUUGUAUUGCUUACAGUUGCUAAUUUGUGUAUCCAGUACUUGAUAUAAAAGAUAGUCUUUUGUUUGAAAGAGGCCAUUAAUUCUGAUUCCCUUCAGUACUGCUGUCCUAGCAAGUGAGUCUGAAAGAGGCUAGAUCAGAAAGCUACACAGGCUUCCAGGUUGGGUAUUGAUUUUUACAAGACGCCAUGCAUUGGUAACUAAGAAAUGUCUUGCAGUUGAGAAAACUAAAAAGAAAUAAUGAAGGGUUCACCGUUAUGUAAGGUUCUUUAUAUCAGCAUGCUAACUUAUUUCUUCUGUAUGCUAGUAGCUUGACAGUUUUCUCUAGUUUGGUGCAGAAGGCUGUGUUCUGUUCUCGCACUAGUUUGAUGGAUUGCUGAUACUGCAGUGCAGCAUCAGUGGGAUAUUACACUCCAGAGUUUGUCAUCCUUUUGGAUGAGAUGUUCAGCCAAGGUCCCAUCUGCUUCAGUUAGUGGUCGCUCGGGUAGAUGUAAAAGAUCAAAAAGAGCAGAGGAAGUUCUCAAUGCCCUGGCCAAAUUUCCCCUAGUAAUGUAGAUAACCACCUCAGGUCUCCCCCAAAAAGAGACCACUAGCUUUGUGUUUCUAACAUGGUCAACAAAGGAUAAACUGUUAAGAGUUUACUACUAUUGGGGUGGGAGCGGUUGAUUUCUCCAGUCACUUGUAUUUGUGUACUGUAUAUGAAUAGAGCACUCUUGUGCUUUCCAUGGUAGUAAGUAAAAUUGUAGUUGUUCACAACAAGCUUAUAUUUUUAUUCUAAGUAUGCCAGUAUGUCAAAUAGCUGUUGUGAUCAGAGCUAAAUGCAUUUAAUUUGACAAUAUCUUUCUGAUAUCUUUGAGAGAAAUGGCGUCUUGCAUUCAGCUAACCACUUACUCCUUUAUUUAGUGUUGCUUAUAACGGAGUUUCUUUCCAUGCACUUACAUACCUGCACUAAUAUCGUGCUGAGUUUCCAGGUGUGUGGCAGCCUUUUCCAGCAUCCAGCAGUAUCCUAACAGCUUUGUGAUGUAGUUUAAAAUGCUGACAGACCUGGAGGUAAAAUUGUUCAUUUUGGUUAGGAGUGGGGUUUAUGUAUUAUGUAACACCUUAAGGAGCAAAAGCUCUGUUACCUGUGAAGUUACAGUUCUCAACAGGAGCCUACGAACUUUUGAAUUGUUCAAUAACAACAUUAAGAAAAUUAAAGAUUUUAAUUUUAGAGAUCGCUA